GCAAGCCUCUUUUGUCUUUAGUUGCCAAGAGGAACUCAAAACAGACUUGGAUCCAAAUCGCGAAAACCGUCAAGAGGGCUUCGGUUGCGCCCGACAGCGCAUGCAUUCCCUGGUUUUUCUGGCGGCGGAACUUUCGAGUUUUUGGACAGAACGGUGUCUCCUACUCAGCUUGUCGCUUCUCGUGUCGCUUGCGAUUCUCCUGCUGGUCGCUAAGUUUUCGAUUUCUUUGGGGCUUUGUCAUCUUGCUCUUCGGGGGGCUUGUUUCCUCUUUUCUUCGGCUGUCGUGCUGGCCUGACGACGCUGGAACCCAGCCUCUCUUGGCGUGUCGUUCUCAAGACGGGAUUUUCUUGUCCAUUUUGCUUUUCUUUCGAUUUGUCUGGUCCCGAAUUCCUCGCCAAGAUGAUUGAAGUCAUUCUCAACGACCGUCUCGGGAGGAAGAUCCGGGUCAAAUGCAACCCGGACGACACCGUCGGGGAUCUGAAGAAACUUGUCGCGGCCCAGUGCGGGACAAGAGCGGAUAAAAUUCGCAUUCAAAAGUGGUACACCAUUUACAAGGACCACAUUACUCUCGAGGACUACGAGAUCCACGACGGGAUGGGCUUGGAGCUGUACUACAAUUGAUGUCUCUGCAGAGAGCGACUUCGUUCAGGGUCGCGGGCGGUUGCACAGAGACUGUAGCGCACGCGUCUCUGUGCCUUCCAACUUUUCGUCUAGUCUCUGUAUUCUCCGGGCACUCGGGUUUCUUUCACGUCAAAUAAAACUUGCAGACUUCUAGGUUUGGCCGCAGCUUCUUGUAAAGAACUUUCGCUUUUC